AUGGCAAUUAUUGAGAAUGAUGGUUUCUCAAGUCUCCCAGACGAACUUGUCAUCUUGAUCAUCUCCUUCCUUCCCUUUAUUGAUGCGUUUCGCCUUUGUUUGUUAAGAAAAGAAUGGCAUAAAAGGGCUCUUUGGUUGCAUUGCCCUAACUUCGAACUGUUUGAAGCAGACUUCACGUUUCCAGGUGCCAGGCAAUAUUCGUUCAAUGUUGGAAAAAGAGUCCGUUCCAUGGAGUUGAAAAGAUUUGGGAAGCUGCGAUUUGUAGAUUUUCUCAAUAAGGCCGUUAAUGGUCUAACCUCACCGGCGUUAUCCAAAUUCAGUUUCCGCAUGUUUUAUUCCACCCAAUACCAAGAAAAUGUAGAUAAGUGGAUCAAUGUUGCCUUGGCAAAAUAUGUGAAGGAGUUAAGUCUAGACUUUUCAGAUGGAGACCCCAUAGAUCCCCAGCCACUGUUGCUCAAUGCUCCACAAUAUGUCUUGCCCAAUUUUUUCUAUGAAAAUGGCAGGUCUAUUAGGGUUUUGAACCUAAACUCGUGCGGUUUGGGUUCUUUCAACUUUCAGAACUUUAUUGGGCUAAGUAGCUUGACGCUAACAAGGGUGAGGCUUCAUUGGGAGGAGAUAGCACCUCUACUGGCCGCUUGUCCUCUGUUGGAGAGUUUGUGCUUAGUGGAGUGUUAUCGAGUGAUUAAGAUUGAUAUGAGUUUCGUGUUAUUGAGGCUUAAAAGGUUGAUAAUCAGGCAUUGUGUACCAGUUACUCUUGGGGUGGAGCUUUGCCUUCCAAAACUUCAAUAUUUUGAGUAUGCAGGGAGAAUGGUGCUGUUGAAUCUGAGCAAAUUAGAUGAAAUACAGGAAGUGGUUUUGGAUUAUCGUUUGGAUUUUUUUUAUCCUUAUGAGGCUGAGGAUAUAGUGGCACUUUUUUCUGGUUUUGCUGACGCCAGGAUCCUUAAAGUAUGCACUUCUGCUCUCAAGAAGUUUUCCAAGGACUACUUAUUGUACUGCAAACCACCGGCUCACAUAUUGCACAUCGAGCAUUUGACAUUGAAGACAUGCUUAGGACGAUAUGAACUGCCAGCCAUAAUGUGCUUGCUCAGAAGUUCACCGCACCUCAAAACACUCUCAAUUUUGUCCAGCUUGAUGGAGUUGACAGAGUAUCAGGAUUUUAUGUAUAAUCGCUAUAGUGAUCGAUUGCCUGAAGGAAUUUGGACAAAAAAAGGAUGGAGACUUGAUAAUCUUGAACGGGUUGAGAUGCAGGGGUUUACAGCAAAGAAAAUUGAAGUUGACCUUCUCAAAUUCAUACUGAGGAAAUCAAGAUUCCUCCAGAAACUAAUUGUUAAACCUUUGAUCAGAGGUUCUUCAUCAGAAAAUUCAAAGGCCUUGAAGGAUCUGAAAGAUGUGGCGGUUGCUUCUGGUCAGGCAGUGAUAAAAUGGUAUUGA